AUGUCAGAAAAAUCUGGAAAGUUAGAUAAGCAUGUGUGGACACCCGAAGAGGAUGAGCUACUAAUUCAUUGCAUGAUGAUAUUGCAUGCCAAGGGUGAACUUAUGUGUGAGAAUGGUUUGAGGUCUGGUGUGUUGAACACUUUGAAAGAUAUGAUGUAUGAUUUAAUACCAGGAUGUUCUCUUAAGGCCCAUCCUCACAUACAGUCUAGGAUUAAGAAGCUAAAAACUGACUAUGGUGUGGUUUCUGACCUCCUCAAUUUAUCUGGAUUUGGUUGGAAUGCUGAGAGGAAAUGUGUGACAGCUCCUAAGGCAGUAUGGGAUGAGUAUGUAAAGGCGCACAAGGAGGCAGCUAAGUUCUGGAACAAGUCUUUCUCUUAUUAUGAUGAGCUUCAUGACAUGUUUGGCAAGGACAGGGCAACCGGCAAGGAUGCUCAAACAUGUGAAGAUGUCCUUGAGGAGCUUCAAGAUCAGACUAGUUUGGACAAUUCAAUGCUUGAGGCUGACCCAGAUGCUAAUAUGGAUAUAUCACAUGUCAACACUUCACAUCCGGAAGACACUUCACAUGUCAACAAUCAAACUAAGCACAUUUCAUCUGAUGCAAGUUCAGGGUCCAAAAAGCGAAAGCGCACAAGAGCUGAUCGUGAUGACAUCUUACUCAAAGGUAUUGAGGCAGUUGCUCAUUCAUUUUCUGAAAGUUUGAUGGAGGCAAGUGAUCGUUUGGGAAUGCGUCUGGAUAGGGUUGAACGUGAGAAACGUUUGGAUGGGAUGAAGGAGUCACUCUAUGGUGAUCUUAUGAAGAUUGAAGGACUUUCACACAAAGAACGUAUGGCAGCUUAUGUCAAGAUGAUAUCUGAUGAGAGCAUACUGAUUGGAUUUUUUGCCAUGUCUCAAGAGGGGAAAGUUCAUGUGAUCCGUGAAAUAAUAUCUCCAUGAACAAGCUGAUGAAUAUUUUGAUAUUUGUGUGAUUGAAGUUGGGAUAUUUUCAUGAAUUCUUUUCAUGAGAAACAUAGGAAUAUUUUGUUAGACUUGAAAUAUUUUGUUUCAAACAGAAAUA